GACGCUGCGCUUGUUCAAUCACAUACAUUAGAUCCUGUCGUUCCUCCUCUUUCUCUGUGAGAUUUUCUGCAGUACAAUUCAUACUGACUACUGAUUACUAGUAUUUGCUUUUCCUAAGAAACAAAAAUAUUUGACUGCCAAGAUGCCUUCACCCAAAUUUCAUACGAAGUACCAUUCUAAAGAUGUUGUUGUGUCCUCUGACGGACGCGAAGUGACCAGACUUACCUCUGCUACCGUCCCGCAACCAACACAACCUGCCGCCGCCGCCGCUGCCUCUCAAACUCAGCCUGCAGCAAAAUCGCAACGAGAUCUUCAAGAAACUGUGAAGAAAUUUGCUGAUGCAGUUUCUGAGAAAGGACGAGCGAUACAUGAGAUAUGGGCGUUGGUGUUCAACGUCCUUCAUCUCCUCCACAGUACUGGAGUCCAGAAAGUUAGAUGGUCACCACCUGGUUAUACAUUCACAAGCUCCUACACACUAGGAGUCACGAUGAUAGUUGUUCUCUGCGAUUGUGGGGAACAUCUAAGUGAUGAAAUGAUGCAAGGUCUUGUUGACUAUAUUCUGCACUUCAAGUCAGUUGACGUCAAUGAAGAAGAUGACACCUCCAACAACUGGACACUCUUACACCAAUGUGUGUGGACAGGCAAUGCACGUUUAGCAAAACUGCUUAUGGAACGCGGCGCUUGCCUCAACGCACAGGACAGUUCAACAGGAUGGACUCCACUGCACUGUGCAGUGAUCCUGAACAAGAUCAAUGUUGUCAAGGUGGUACUGUCACAUGACAUGGACGGUGUCACCUUGGAUACUGCACGGCUUGACAUUCAUGGUGACACAGCAUUGGACAUAGCAAAGCAAAGUGGUCAUGAUGAAUGUGUGCAGCUUCUCACACAGCAUGAAGCUGACAAGGAAAAGAAGAAGAAAUAUUUGAAGCACUCCGGAACUCCAUCUGUUGCCGUGGAAACUCAAGAAGUGGAAGCGGAGAAAGACGAGCAGCGCUAAUUUCCACUGCCACGUCACCUGAUCCUUGCAACGCGUCACCUGUCCAUAUUUCCUGUGUGUGUGUGUGUGUGUGCGUGUGUGAGCGUGCGCAUGUGUGUGUGUGUGUGUGUGUGUGCGUGUGUGUAUGUUGUUGUUGGUAUAUUGCUACACGAUGUCUGCUGAAUGGGUUGCAUAAUGUUCUAUUCGCCAUACUAGUCUGAAAUGGCCAAGCGGGACAGGUGGAAGCUAUUAGGACAUAUAUUACGCCAGCCAAGUGACAUCCCUGCGAAUGUUGCUCUCACUGCUUUCUGUAAAUAUGCUACCAGUCAGCCCUUUCGAAUAGGUGCACCCCGCUCUUGCCUCACCACAAGUCUCCAGCGAGACGUCCGCCUCACACCUAUCUGCAUUUUUAGGCCCAGCUGCCUUUGUGAUCUCGGCACCUCUGCCCGCGACAGAAAACAAUGGAGUAACAUCUGCUCAGCCAUUUAGUCUAGUACUGCUCUUCUUAAAUUUGACCUUUAUUACAAGACUCUUCUUUUCUUUUUCAUUUCGUUCUCCCACUCUCACACACACAUGCUCACAGUUAAUUCUGCCGUCGUGAGUCCCAUUCGGGACGGAUACGAGAAUAAUAAUAAUAAUACUUGUAAUAAUAAGUACUUGAAACUAAAUUUCAUGAAUUAUUUACAUUGCUAUUCUCGUCUAUUGUACAAACUGAAAUCAAGUGGCUGCUUGGUAUUCUAUGCCUGUCUUCAAUGUGACAUAAGCCAACCCAACAUUUUCUUCUGCAAGACAGUUUCCGCUUGCACUGAAAUCCUUUAUGUACGGCACCGGUAUCUAUAACCAAAUUUGGAAUGAUCUGAUAAGCCUGAACAUGCGUACCGUUUUCUACUUCUAAUUUCUCCUUCCAGUUUCUACGUGUAACAUUAUUCUCCCUGCUUCUGCUUUCCUUCUAUUUUGUUUGUAUAAAUAUAUUGAUACUCUGAUCAGAUGGACUCAGAUCGGGGAAAAAAGGGAAUUUUUUGCCUGGUUCACACUAACCGGAUUUUACAUCCUCUGCUCUGCCACCGACUCGAUGAGAAACACGGCGAAUGUGAGGGACGAAUCGGACUUCGUGAUCACACAUAACGGCGGGCAAUUAAGUC